GCGGCCCAGACAGACGCUGUGGACACGCUUCUUCCCAAAGGUUUCCUGGGGUCCCCAGUUUCGCCCCGCGCGCCAUGUUCCGGGGGAAGCGCGGGAGCCGGGUGGGCGCCAUGGAGGAGGGGACUCCCUUCGCGUCCCCGCAGCUCCCAGAGGCGGUGACUGAGCGGGUUCUGCUUCGGGGCAUCUUUGAGAUCCAGAGGGAAAGCUGUGACGUGGUGCUGGGCGAGAGGACCUUGCGGUGGCGGCGCAUCCAGCCCGAGCUCCCAGCGGGAGGUUCCAAGUGUCACCCGCCAGGCAGAGAAGAGUCCAUAGAACUGGAAGGUAUAUUUUCCGUGAAGCUGAAGCGGCGCUGCUCUGUGAAGCACUCGGGCCAAGGCACGCUCCUGGGUAUCACCCUUUUCAUCUGCAUGAAGGAGCAGCCAAACAAGCUAAAGGAUUCUACACUUGAUCUUAUCAACUUGAGUGAAGACCACUGUGACAUAUGGUUCAGAGAGUUCAAGAAAAUUCUGGAAGGUUUCCCAAGCAGGCCUAAGGCACUGAAGAUCCUCCUCAACCCUCAGAGUCACAGGAAGGAGUCUGUCCAAGUCUACUACGAGAAGGUGGAGCCUCUGCUGAAACUCGCGGGAAUAAAGACAGAUGUGACAAUAACAGAAUAUGAAGGGCAUGCCCUGUCCCUGCUUGACGGAUGUGAACUCCAGGGAUUUGAUGGUAUUGUCUGUGUUGGUGGAGAUGGAUCUGCUAGCGAAGCUGCCCAUGCCCUGCUCCUCAGAGCUCAGAAGGAUGCUGGUGUAGACUUGGACCACCUCCUGACUCCCACGGGAACUCAGCUUCCACUUGGCCUAAUACCAGCAGGAUCUACGAAUGUAUUGGCACAUUCUCUUUGUGGAAUUCCUCAUGUGGUGACUUCAACUAUGCACAUUAUAAUGGGUCACAUACAGUCAGUAGAUGUCUGCAGCUUCAGCUCUGCUGGCAAGCUUCUUCGCUUUGGGUUCUCAGCCAUGUUCGGCUUUGGUGGAAGGACUUUGGCUCUGGCAGAGAAAUACCGAUGGAUGUCCCCUAGUCAGCGGAGAGACUUUGCUGUACUCAAAGCCUUGGCCAAACUUCAGCCAGAAAAUUGCAAAAUAUCAUUUUUACCAGCUGGAUGCCCUCGGGAUGAACAAGAAAGAAAUGCUCAGCAAUCUCCAGAGUCUGAAAGUGCUGGUCAAUGGCAAACCAUCCAAGGGCAGUUCUUGAACAUCAGCAUCAUGGGAAUCCCCUGUCUGUGUUCAGUGGCACCCAGAGGCUUUGCUCCCAACACCAGGUUAAACAAUGGAAGCAUGGCUCUCAUAGUUGUACGGAACACCACUCGACAAGAAUUUGUAAAGCAUCUGAAAAGGUACUCCAGCAUAAAGAAUCAGUUCAAUUUUCCUUUUGUGGAGACUUAUACCAUUGAAGAAGUGAAAAUUCACCCAACGAGUCAUAGCAGUGGACACAAUCAGCAGGAGGAGGGUGGGGACCAAGCAACUCUUCCAGAAAACACUUUGCCUUGGAAUGUAGAUGGUGACUUAAUGGAAGUUGCCUCCGAGGUCCACAUUAGACUGCACCCAAGACUGAUCAGGCUUUAUGGAGGAAGCCUGGAAGAAACAAAUGAUUCUAAAGUAGCAUGUAAUUUCAUAUAGAAGAAAUUUAUAUGAAGUAUAAAUAUAUUAUGAAGGAAUCUGGUAUGCAAUAUAUACACAAAUAGGAAAUGAAUUUUUGAAUGAAAAUGUCAUAGUAAGUGUUUGAAAAUCAAGAUAAAAAUAUGAAAUCAAUGAAUAAUCAAAUUCUGAUAUUUGAAAGGCAUUUGUUGGAUCUAAUAUAAACAUCCUGCUAUAUCAAUAUUAUUGAAGACAAUUCUUGUUAUUAAUUUUUAAUGAUUUCCUGUAGCCUGAUAAAAUACAGGUUUUAUGAAAUUUCCAACUCCACAGGGAGCUAGUCAUAUAACCAUGAACAGCAACUUAAUUAAAAAAAAGUUUUUUCCACUUAGGCUAUUGCUCCCCAACCCAAGUCCAUAAUGGCAUCUUUGGAAGUAACAAGACUUUUAAGGUUAUUAUACAGGUAAAAUUCUAAGUUUACAGUAAGUUUUAUUUAAACAUAUACAUAAAGUAUCUUUCUAACUGGGCAGAAACCUGGCCCAGGAGGUAGCUGUGUUCCUUUGUACCUGAAAGGUGGGGGUGGGGCGUCACAGCACUCAGCUUUCAGUGCAAUGAUCCAGAUCUUCAUUUCCUCAGAGACCAUCCCUUGAAAAGGUAGGUCUAAACUGACACCGAUUUUCAUGGAUUAAAACUGACACCUUCAUGAGUAACUACUUGUAUUUGUAUGAGAAAAUCAUCAAUAUAUGCCAUUUUUAUAAAAAAUCUUUACAAACAUUUAAUUAAAUGUUUUUUGUGCAUGUGCA